AUGUCCGACAUGCCAUACGAAACCCGACUGUUUGAAACCAGAGAAUCCGUCAUGUUCCCCAUCAUGUCUUCCUUACCCACUUGGAAGCACCAGGAAAACAUAACCGCUCCUGAUCAUUUCAACAUGUCAACAGCGAGCCACAGUGACUCUUCCUUUACUCUUUCAGGGGAAAUGUAUAACAACGAGCUUUACGAUGACUCAAGCGCGUCCUGGAAUAUGGAUAUUGAUAUGCUUGCGUGCAACACCUCCAAGUAUUACGGCAAUUGGAGUCUCCGGGUUUCCCAGUCAUUAUCAUAUGAGACAAGGGGCUGGAGCGACUUUGUUCUACCGAAUAUGACGGUGGAUUUCAACACCCAUGCGGCAAAUCUGACCAUGGACGGGGAUUUCGCUGCCGCUCCAUACUUGCGAUCAAACAACUCAGGCUAUCCGCAUAGUGGCGUGAUGUCGGGCACCACUCUUCAGGGUCCCAUUCAAAUUCGAUUCCAGGGUGUUUUAGAUGCUUAUAAUUCGGAUAUCCUUGACGUCAAUUCGACGUCUCCAGCGUGGCUGCGGACUGUUGGCUUUGGGAAUAAUUCGUUGAAUAUCGCGAAUUCAUUGAGCCAAGGAUGUCGUCUGCGAUCUGCUCUGUGGAGUGCUCUGGUUGUUCCCAUCCUUCUUGCUGUUGCUGUUCACAUGUAG